CAGAGAGUGAACAUACCUAGCAACGUCUCUACCCCGGGUUUGGAAGCGAUCAAAAAAAGCGGAGAAAUACAAGCAAGCCAGCAAGCCAGCAAGGGUCUGGUUCCUCCUCCAUUGAUCGACCUUCUUUUUCGCAAUUGCGCAAAUCUCGCAUAUCUGUUCAACUCGCUUUACGGAAGUGUUGUAUCGUCUAGCACCGCAGGAUAUAUUUACGACCACCCAACUAUUCACCGCGACAAGCUCAUCAAGAUGGUCGCGACCAGGAACCACCCCAAGGACUUCCCUCCACCGCCAGCGUCCCUCACCGGCGAGUCCUCUCCCACCAAGCGCACGACGCGCUCCUCCACCACCGCCGCCAGCGCAUCGCCCACUCCCACCCCGACCAAAAGCAGCAGCAGCACCACCUCCCUCUCCAAGGCCACCGACCCGUCCGGCGCCCGCGCGGCCGGCGCAUGGACGCACACGCCCUCCAACCUGACGCUGAUCUGGCUCGCGAUCAGCCUGCCGCUGGUGAUCUGGGACACGGGAUACGUGCUGCUCCGGCCAUGGAGCAUGCCGGGCGGCUUCCUGCAUUCGCCGAUCUGGGCGCCGUACGAGCUGUACGGGCGCGUGGACUACGUGUACGGCUGGCCGGCGUACGAGUCCAACGACGGCUGGACCGCCUCGCAGGGCUGGGUCAACCUCGUCGAGACGGCCGCCUACCUGGGAUACCUCUACCUGGUGUAUGCGUACGGCGCGCGGGAGAGCGAGGUCGUCGGCCGCGGCGCCCCCGAUGCCAUGAGGAGCGUGGGCGGGCUGAGGUGGUUGACGGAGAGCCGCACGCUGGAGGGCCGGGUCGCGGCGAUCGCGGUGCUGGUGGCGUACAGCACGGCGUUGGUCACGUUUGCGAAGACGGUGCUUUACUGGCUCAUCGAAGCGCUCUCUGGAUUCGACUCGAUCGGUCACAACGACUGGACGAGCUUGAUCUUCCUAUGGAUCAUCCCGAACGGCGCUUGGCUCGUGUUCCCUCUGUACAUGCUCUAUGUCUUCGGACAGGAGAUCCUCGAGGGGUUGGAGACCGCUGUGAUCCCCGCGAAGAAGCGGGAUUAGAACAAUACCUUCCAUGUUCUUUCUAGAGGAGGAGGGAUCUAUCUAGGGGUUGGGGAAAGCCCCCGUCGGCCGGCGGGGAUUCGUUUUUCUUCUCUUCGUUUUUCAGAUGGUUGGAUGUAUUUUUUUUCCAUGUAUUCUGGACGAUGUAUGCUAUGCCUCAAUUUGCGCUUCGCUGUCGGGCCUGAAUGCUAAUGGUCUCUCAUAUGGAUAUGGCUCAGGGAUGUUUGGGUCACUGUCCACUCGACGACACCGCCAUCGGAGGAUCGCCUCAUUUCCCUUCUCUCUCCUAUUCUAUAACAAUAAUAAUAACGUUCAUGAGCAACAGUGUUCGCUU